AUGGUUCGACUGCCCAUCUCCUUCCCAACCAGUGUUAAGGAACAAGCGUUUGUCGUCACUCACAGGAUGUCGUGGGACAUGAUACUCGGCCUAGAUUUCCUUUCUGCGCACAACUGUUGUAUUAUGGUCAAAGAGCGCAUACUAUCCUUAGGGCAUAAGCCACCGCCUAACCACCCUACAGCCGCCGGGUUUUACGAAGAAGCCACCUGCGCGACCAUCGCAGCGUCGGUAGCCUUACCGCCGAAAAGCGUGGACACGGUCUUACCCCCAGAUGAUACGGUCGCCCUUACCGACAAGGCAGACUUGAAGUCACUUCUGACUGCGUUUAGCGAUGUUUUCGCAUGGGACGCUACCUCCAUAGGCCGCACCGCUGUCAUCCGUCACAGCAUUGACACCGGCACGUCGAAACCUCUGUGGCAACCACCACGCCGCAUUCCACCACACUUUCAGAAGGAGGUGAGCGACCUAAUUCAAACGAUGCUGACCACAGGGAUAAUCCGCCCCUCCAAGUCGCCGUGGGCAUCGCCAGUCACAUUAGUGCCCAAAAAAGACGGCAAACUCCGAUUUUGUAUAGACUAUCGGCGACUUAAUGCGGUCACCACCCGCGAUUCGUUUCCACUUCCAAGAAUUGAUGUCACACUCGAAGCGCUUGCCGGAGCCCAAUGGUUCUCAACGCUGGACCUGAAGUCCAGUUAUUGGCAAGUUGAAGUAGAACCUAAAGACCGCCCAAAAACAGCGUUCAUACUACCACAAGGACUGUUUGAAUUCGAAACUAUGCCGUUCGGGCUCUGCAACGCAGCCGCCACCUUCCAACGGCUGAUGCAGUCCGUCCUGGCUCACUUAUACCCUCACAGCUGUUUAAUAUACCUUGAUGACGUGAUAGUGUUUGGACGCACGGCCCGGCAACAUAACGAUAACCUCGCCGCAGUGCUCUCUGCUCUCCGCGACGCCGGCUUGCGUUUAAAUCCACAAAAGUGCAAGUUUCUGUGCCGGGAAGUCACAUUUCUUGGCCACGAAGUUAGCCCGCAAGGCAUACAGGCGUCACAGGAAAAAGUAGAGGCAGUCAGAUCAUGGCCUACGCCGAAGACCCCAACUGAAGUCAGAGGCUUCCUCGGCCUGGCCUCCUACUAUCGCCGCUUUAUCCUCCACUUUGCGGAGCUCGCACGUCCCCUCCAUCGGUUGACCGAGAAAGGCCGUCCAUUCGCAUGGUCCGACGAUUGUCAACAGGCCUUCAAUGAGUUAAAAGCAAAACUCACUUCGGCACCGAUAUUAAUGCUACCUGACACGAGUCCUGAGGCUCCUCCCUUCAUACUCGAUAGCGACGCCAGCGGGUUCGCGAUCGGGGGCGUACCCUCACAAGCCGAUGAGACAGGGGCCGAGCGACCGAUUUGCUUCGCGAGCAAAACCCUAUCGAAGCCCGAGCGAAAUUAUUGCACCUACCGACGAGAAUUGCUAGCACUGAUCACGUUUAUCAAACAAUUCAAACCAUUCUUAGUGGGAAAGCACUUCAUUGUCCGCACCGACCACAAGGCCUUACAGUGGUUACAAAACAUGAAAGAAGCCGAAGGCCAGCUUGCGAGAUGGCAAGAACUACUGCAAGAAUUCGAUUUCACCUGUCAAUAUCGACCAGGCCACCAACACGCCAACGCGGACGCCCUUUCUCGCCGCCCAAGUGAGGCCGGCACAGCAGACUCAGAAGUAACGGAUGAACACAUAGCGGCGGUUACAAUCAGCGAACCCACUCGUUAUCAUUAGGCAGUGGCACAAAGUACCGAUCCGGACACCGCAAUAAUUUACGACCACCAGUUGCAUGGUCGACACAGACCAACAGAGAUCGAACUUCGCGGCUCCUCGGAGGUCGCCCGCCUCUUGUGCCACCAAUGGGCCAACCUGUUCGUUGAGAAUGAACUACUCUUCUUUAAAGACGCAACAUCCACCCGGCCGCGGCUAGUUGUCCCGAGUAGCCUCGUCAUACCUGUCCUCACAGACUUACACCACGAGUUGGGACAUGUAGGAGUGACUAAAACGGAAGCGGCCGCUAGGCAGCGCUUCUGGUGGCCCCGCCUCAGAGAGCAGGUCGCCAACUUCUGUAACGCGUGCUCCACCUGUGCCUCCUUCAAGUGCACCAUCCCACGAAAUCGUGCACCCCUACAGCCUAUGAUUACAGGCUUUCCUUUUGAACGGGUGGGUGUUGACAUAGUCGCCCUAUUGCCUUACACAACUUCCGGCCAUCGCUACAUCUUAGUGUUGGUCGAUUAUUUUACGAAGUGGGCUGAGGCCAUCCCCUUACAUCGACAAGACGCAGCUUCGGUCACCAAUGCGCUGCUAAAGGAAUGGGUCUGUCGAUACGGCGCACCCUUUUCACUUCCCUCCGAUUGCGGAGCCAACUUCGAAAGCCACCUUCUGCGCGAAGUCUGUCACCUGCUCCUCAUCCACAAGACUCGAACUACACCAACCCACCCAGAAGGCGAUGGCCAGGUGGAGCGUACAAACCGAACCAUCAUUAAUAUCCUGAAGGCUUUCGCCGAGGACCACCACCCACACGAUUGGGAUGUGAAAUUGCCCUUCGCCAUGAUGGCCUACAGAGCCGCCAUUCACUCUUCAACGGGCCACGCCCCAUUCUAUAUGUUGACUGGCCGCCAAUUCCGACUACCGGCGGACUCAAACGUCCCUGCGCAGCAACCGACGGCCUAUACAACCGACAACUACGUGAUAGAGCUACAGGAGCUACUAAGACUCACGCACAACCUGGCCCGCACACAACUCCGCAACGCCUUUGACAGACAGAAGACCUAUUUCGACCGCCGGGCACACGGGCUCCCCUACCACAUCGGCGAUUUAGUGCUCCGCUAUCGGGCGGUUCCGCCUGUUGGCACACCGGCCAAAUUCUUCCAUCCGUGGGAAGGACCGUUCGUGGUCACCGACGUCAUUUCGCCCACUACCUACAUUAUCCGCGACGCCCUCACCCACGCCGGCCCCACCAUCACUGUACACUUCGACAAGUUAAAACCUUACCACGGCAGCCUUCCCGUAGCGUCAAACGAUACCCUACCCAUCCUCCCUCCCCAUUUAGUCCCCUCGCCUACCAAUGAAGUGGAAGUCCCUCCCGACCCACACCCCCCACCAGAACCCGAGGACGGGGCACUGCCUAGAGGGGGGGGGGCAGUUGUAGCAGAUGCACUUGAACGGUUGUUUUAA